GUUGCAUCCCACUGUGGAUGAUAUACAAGAUAGCCUCUGGACAAGGCAGGUUUAUUGAGAGAGUGAGACAGGCUUGUCAGCCUGAGAGUGACUGGGGUCCCGCCCUUGAGAAACACUGGAAAUAUGUGGAGUAUUAUCCUGCUGUCCACACAACUAUGUAUACUGUAGAUUUAGACAACCCUCCGUUGAACACCAUCACAGAUCACAUAGAGUUCACCACGGUUGGCGUUCGUGUCCCGAGUUUGUCCGAGGCUAGCCUACUGCCUGUAUCCCCCAACCUACCUCACACCAAAAAACCAAUGGACAUGCGUCAGAAAGCCAUUCUCAAUCACGCUUACAGCAAUCCUCAGUGCAAUCUCUCUUCAGGUUCCAUAGAAAAACUCAUAUCCCGUCCAUGCUCGUCAAGCGAGAGUGCUCUCAAUGAUAUCAUCAUUAUGCCGAGACCUAAGAUAAAGGUGGAGAUGAAGGAUGCUGCUGUGCAGACCGACAUCAGCUGCCUGCAGAAACCAUUGAAAAACAUAUGCCCGAGUGAAGAAAAUAUCAACUAUAUCUCACCGAAACGAAAGGCAUGGCAGUUUGGAGCAAAGCGUUCACUGUUUCGGCGCCAGCAUUUGUCUUGGCCGGAGAAUGUUGAAGUUACAAUCCCAACGUUACGGUCAGUGUCUCUACAAGAGAAUAUGGACUUGGUGACAUCUCCUUCACCUCAAACAUCUGUUGAUGAUGAUGAAAACCCUACAUUUCCCUGAGGAAUCUCCAAAACGAUCGUGGCAAGAGGAAGAUGGAGAACCAGCUGUUAUAGAAGUGGAGGUGACGCGAUUCUGAGAAACUGGAGACAUAUGCAUAUCAGUGUGGAUGAAUGGAAAAUGUCAUGAAAUGGAUAUUUUUGCUGUACAAAAUUUUGAUACAUGAAUGAAAUGGAUUUAUUAGUGACGAUCGAUCUUUGUUUGGUGCAAGUUGUCUCCCUUUGUGACUCCUGUAGUAUUUUAAAAAGAUGGAUUUGAAUAAACUGAAUUAUGUAUACUUAGUGUGUAUGUAUGUGAAGCAUGUAUCAAGCAAUGAAUGACAAAGGAUUUCACUCAGAAUAUGACAGCAGGUUUUGCACUGUAUCUCAGUUUUAUCAGGUAGCAGGUUUGUAGCCUAGAUGCAAGUUCAGUGAUGAGAUCCAUGACAAUGUGUACUAAAUAAAUAUGUCUUGACAUGCACAUCUUGAUCCAGUAUGCCCUGGUUGAUCCCAGUUUUACAAAAUAUGCUAAUACUCUGCCUGCAAAUAAUUGUUUGUUUUCUCUGAGAAGUCAAUAUUCUGGCGAUUUCCUAAAUUUUCUCAAAUUUAUCUGCUUUAUAUAGUUAUCCUUGUUCAAAAUGGGAAUGUGUUGCUACUACCUUGGUUGACAUUCUUUGCAGAGUUGUGUCCCUUACUUGUGUAAGGAUUGUGUGUGUCCCAUGUGAAAAUCCUUGAAUCAGACUGUCAUGAUCUGUGGUCUGUCAGCACCUUGCUGAAUAGGACCAGGGCCCACAUGCAUAAAGUGAUCUUAGCAGUCUGAAAUACAGUUUUACUCAGAAUUCAAUGUAACUGGAGAAUAUGUACAGUUUGGUUGGUGGAUUAUUGUGGAAGAUGUGGAUGUAUGAAUGUAGACUUAGAAUAUUUGUUUCCUCAAGCUUUAAUUAAACAAGUUAUAUGUCAUGGCUAUUUUUAGAAUUUUAUUAGAUCUGAAAACUUAUUUUCUUAUUUCUGAAUGUACAUUUUCACAUCAAAUCAGACAAUGGUUUGUUUUGAAGACGUGUUGUUAUUAUAUUAAAAAUGAAAUUUCUGUUUGAUUUUCUUUUCUUAAAACUAUUUAAUGUUUACAACAUUGUUGAUAUUUUUUACUUAACCAAUAAAUCAAAUUGGCAUCAUCUGUUGUAUGUUAGAUAAUGGUGCCCCACAAAUUGUAAUUAGUAGAUGCAGAGGACAGCAACGUAUCCUUCAUACCACUCAUAAAGAAAAUAAAGAACACUCGAUUUCUCAUAUAUGAUUAGAGUUCAUAUGCAUGGCCACUCUUAAGGUCAAAAUAUUUUCAUAUGAUUAUGAUUAAUCUGUCAUGCCUCUGAUAAAUGUCUACUCAUAUGAGAAAUAAUGGUGUUAUUGAACUUUUUUGAGUAGUAAACUGAAGUACAAAAGAAACUACACACAUGGUGUUUUGGCAACAUGUACAUAAUAUUUUUGACUUGUAAAUCACAAUCAAAUCACUUUUUAGGUUAUUUACGUUGUUGUUGUUUUUGUUUAGGUAAAUGAUUCCAAAGCAUGAUGUGUAUACUUUCUUUUGUUCAUCAGUAUGUAUACAGUAACAGGCCAAGUUGUCUGCUAAAUCGUGCAUAUAGAAUGGUAUUGUGACACUUACUCAUAUGUAUUCUACUUGACUUCUACAACUGAGAAUGAUGGGACUGUACAAUAUAGUUUUCAUGUUGGGUUUUAGAGCAUGUAUUAUAAAAUCAGCAUCGUUGUUUCAUGUACAGUGUUGAGGCACAUGUUGAUGUCAAUGGUGUAUAUAAGAAUUUCAUACAGUACAAUCUCUUCUCAUGCUUCGGCUGUGAUACGUAUAUAUACACAACAUGUAAAGGAUGCUUAUGUAUACAUACUGAUGCAUUGGGUGGUUGAUAUAUAUGUAUAUACGUGGAGUAAUUACAGAUUUCACUUGAUUAGUACGACUGAUACACAUACAGGAGAAUUACCCUGUAUUUGUUUAGAACUUGUUUAUGGAUCCGGACUCAAAAUCUUUUCACCAAGUUGAAGACAUGUAUCUGGCACAGCCGUGAGUGAAAACGUCACCUGUACGACUUCUUUGAGUGGCAUUUUAGAAGCUGGGAAGUACGAAACAGACAAACUUUAUGGAUAACAACUUCUUUAUUUCGUGAGUGCGAUGUUUCAAGACAGAUUCUUGUACCGUUGUCAAGUAAGAAUCUGUAUCGAAACAUGAAUCUGUAUCGAAACAUCUCACUCAAAGAAGUUGGUUUCUAUAACGUUUAUCUAUAUUGUCACCUGUACAGGCCAUUACAUGAGACAAAAUGUUUUUGGGGGGGCCAGAAAAGACAAAUGUUUUUAAGGACUGAAUUUUAUGUGAGUUCACGGAGUAUGAACGUUGUGGAGUGAGGGCUGAAUGAAAGUUGGAGCCUGCUUCGUAUAGUUCCAAUAAUAAGUUGUAUAGUGAUUUCCGUUACGAACGUAUGGAAAUUAUGGAUGAAAAUCUGUUAAUGUACUAUGGCCUAAAUAUAUACAUAUACCAUUCCCCACUUACGUUAUGAGCUUCAUCAACUGGUUGUGUUUUACAAAGUUUUUAUUUUUAGACAAAUAUGCUCCUGUAUGAUAGCACUAGGGCUGUGUUAUAGCUUUGUUUCUGAUAGAAUUUACUUUUAAUUCUGUUAUACUUCUGUUGUCAAUAAAAAGAAAACAUAUAUAGAAGUAUUGAUAUAUAUUUGCUGUGCCAAGCAAUUCGUUGAACAAUUUAAUUACCCUGUGAUAUUGUAUCAUGUGUGUGCAAUAGCUGAUGUUGAUAAGCCAUGUACUCCAACAUAUAUAAGUAUACAUAGAUAUUGAGGGAAAUAUGUAUCUAUUCUACUGGUCACUGUAUGCAAUAUUUUACAUAUGCAUAAACACAUGUAUAUAGUUUGCACCUGAAAAUGAGUAUUGAUCAUAAUUUGUAUGUUUUCUAGCCAGAGAUUGUUUCUGAAGGUUGAAGUGAAUGUAAUGUUGUGAAGAAGAAAUAUACUCAGUGUUGGUAGUUUGUUGUAUAAGUGAUCAAUGUUGUGUAGAACAGAGUAGUGGUGAUACAGACAGGACGUAUAUAUAGCUUAUUUCUACUUGUUUCUCAGAUGUAUUGUGGGUUGGACAUCACAAUAUUGUGAACAUGACAUUUCUGUACAGUUUCUUAUUAAGGGGAUUAAAACCAGUUCCUUCUUCU